AACUUUACCAUACAAUCCAAUCUAUCUAUAUAUAUAUAUAUGAGAGCUAACUGAGAAGGACCUCCACUCUCAUCAACCUAAAACCCAUUUAUAUCUCAUCUCUUCUCUCUCUUUUUCCAUCCCAAUAUAUAUAUAUAUAUAUAUAUAUAUAUAUAAAUAAAUAUCAGAAUCAGAUACCUCUGAUUUUUUUUUGUUGGCUUACAGUUACACCACUUCUCUUCUUCCGGAUUUUUCUCUCUGCUAAAUCUCCCAGGUUAAGCUGUAGUUCUUGUGAACAUGUUUCUUAUAAAAAGAAAUAAUCAGAAUCAUCAUGUGGAUGAGGUUGCAGAAAAGGAGGAAAAGGUCAAGCAACUCAGGGAGGCUCUUGGCUCAUUAAGUGGACGAAGUUUAAAGUACUGUACAGAUGGAUGCCUUAGGAGAUAUUUGGAUGCUAGGAACUGGAAUGUUGACAAGUCAAAGAAAAUGUUGGAAGAGUCACUUAAGUGGAGGGCUACUUAUAAACCUGAGGAAAUUCGUUGGAGUGAAGUAGCUCAUGAAGGUGAGACUGGCAAAGUGUCCAAGGCAAACUUUCAUGAUCGACUUGGGAGACCUGUGCUUAUAAUGAGACCAGGAAUGCAGAACACAAAUUCACCAGAAGGCAAUAUUCGCCACUUAGUCUAUCUCAUUGAAAAUGGUAUCCUCAACUUGCCAGAGGAUCAAGAGCAAAUGUCAUGGUUGGUUGAUUUCACUGGUUUUACAAUGAACACAAGCAUUUCUGUUAAGACAACUCGUGAUAUUAUCAACAUUCUUCAAAAUCACUACCCUGAGAGGCUAGCUGUUGUUUUUCUUUAUAACCCACCAAGGAUUUUCCAAGCUUUUUAUAAGGCUGUGAAAUACUUCCUUGAUCAAAAGACAGCUCAGAAGGUGAAAUUCGCUUACCCAAAAAGCAAAGACAGUGUAGAGCUAAUGAAGUCAUAUUUUGACAUUGAUAAUCUUCCUAUUGAGUUUGGUGGUAAAGCCACAGCCACUUUAAAAUACGACCAUGAAGAAUUUUCAAGGAUGAUGGCCCUGGACGAUAUCAAAACUGCCAAAUUUUGGGGUUUUGAUGACAAGCCAUCUCUAAAGACAAAUGGUCAGUUUGGGCCAGAGGUGGUGGCACCGAAUCCCAUUCCCUUGGCUCCACCUGCUAGCUGAGACUCAAGAGAAAUGACUCUUCCCAAAAAUCUUAACCCAGUUGAUAAAUCUCUUUAGCUUUUUAUUUUGGUGAUGGGAACAUGAACAUUUGUCUUGUUUAGUUCUUUUACUGUUGAGGCUGUUCACAUUUAUAGAGGUUGAUAAAACAUUUGUCUUCUAUUCUCAUUACUAAAUAAUAUGAGCUAAGAGACUUGACUAAA